UAGAACGACGUCGUUGCGUAAUGACCAGUAGGACCAUUGCUUCGAGCUCCUAGGGCAAGAGGCCUAAGAUUUUCUUGAGCUCCCGCUCUUUGCUCUCUUCUGCGGCAGGUGAUCCAAGAUUUUCUUUCUUCUUGAAGCUAGGAUUUUGAGAUACAGAAAGUUGGGAUUUCAGGGUUCACAUUCGCUGGUUAUCAGCAAGAGGAAAGAGUAAAACUGUGCGGCAGAGAGUAAGGAAAGGAAAUCAUGGCAGACUUGGAAAACUUGCUCCUCGAGGCCGCUGGAAGAACUGGCACUGCAGGGAGGAAUCGUCACUCACUUCCACCAUCUAGAAGGAGGCGUGAAGGUUCAUACUCUGACGAUGGAAGCGACUCUAAGGAUGAUGACUCAGAUGAAGAUCGUGGGUAUUCCAGCAGGAAGCCCUCUGGUUCUCAAGUUCCUUUAAAGAAGAGGUUGGAUCCCACAGAGAGAGAUGAUGAUCACGGCAGCCCAGAAGAAGGCGAUGAUGAUGGUUCCGAUCAUGAAGGUGACAGCAGUGAUGAUUCAGAUGUUGGAAGCGAUCUUUACAAGAAUGAAGAUGACAGGCAACAGCUUGCACAGUUAACUGAACUUGAAAGAGAGAUGAUCCUGACAGACCGAGCUACCAAGAAAACUGAUAAGAAAUUGCAUGAGAAAUUGAGAUCAAAGCGAGGCAAAGAGAAAACCCAAUCCAGAAAAGAGAGUCCGCCUCUACAAUUGUCUCGUGGUGUGCGCUCAUCAGCUAGGUCUGCUGAUCGUGCAGCUGCUAAGGAUGAUGCAUUGAAUGAGCUGCGAGCAAAACGGCUGAAACAUCAGGACCCUGAGGCACAUCGGAAACUGAGGGAUGCAUCUAGAGGAGGUUCUAGCAAUCGGGGAUUUUCACCAGUCAAACGAAGAGCCUUUACUGCUGCUAGUCUCAGUAGCUCCAGUCAGAGUGAAAGUGAUGGAGGUUCGCGCAGUGAAGAUGAAGGGUCAACGGGGGAUGGUGCAAUGGUUGAUAGUGAUGAUGACAGGGGCAUUGGGUCAGAUGUGCCAACAUUCGAAGAUAUAAAAAGCAUUACCAUUCGGAGGUCAAAAUUGGCAAAAUGGUUUAUGGAGCCAUUCUUUGAAGAGUUGAUCGUGGGUUGCUUUGUUAGGGUUGGAAUUGGGAAGUCGAGAUCUGGACCUAUUUACAGGCUCUGCAUGGUGCGGAAUGUUGAUGCUUCAGACCCUGAUCGACAUUACCAGCUAGAGAACAAAACCACAUACAAGUAUUUGAACUGUGUUUGGGGCAAUGAAAACUCUUCAGCCAGGUGGCAGAUGGCUAUGGUUUCAGACUCUGGCCCCCUAAUGGAGGAGUUUAACCAGUGGGUUAAGGAGGUCGAACGCAGUGGUAGCCGGAUGCUGACUAAACAAGAUAUUUUAGAAAAGAGGGAAGCCAUACAAAAAACCAACAUGUUUGUCUACUCUGCAGCCACUGUGAAGCAGAUGUUGCAGGAGAAGAAAUCCGCUUCUUCAAGGCCAUUAAACAUUGCUGCUGAGAAGGACCGGCUGAGGCGAGAGAUGGAAGUGGCAUUAAGCAAGCAUGAUCAGGCAGAGGUGGAAAGGAUUAACACAAGGCUGCAACAACUGGAGGCAUCCCGGAGAUCCAAGGAGAAAGAUGCCAAAGCCAUUAGGCUGGCUGAGAUGAAUAGAAAGAACAGGGCAGAGAAUUUCAAAAAUGCAUCAGAGUCAAAACGGGUAAAUACAAGUUUGAAAGCUGGGGAGGCAGGGUAUGAUCCCUUUUCGAGGAGAUGGACUAGGUCAAGGAAUUACUAUGUUUCAAAGCCUGGUGGUGGAGAUGAGGCUGCUGCAGUAGCAAAUGGUGAAGCUCCUGCUGCAUUUGUGGGUGCAGGCAGUAAUGGGACAGGAGGGAAGGGGGCAGAGGUUGGUGUGGCAGCUACAGCUGCGGCCCUGGAAGCUGCAGCUGAUGCUGGGAAGUUGGUUGAUACUAGUGCUCCUGUUGAUCAAGGAACAGAGUCAAACACACUGCAUGAUUUCGAACUCCCAAUCUCACUAGCUGGGCUUCAGAAGUUUGGCGGGCCACAGGGAGCUCUGGCAGGAUUCAUGGCAAGAAAACAGAGGAUAGAAGCAACAGUUGGAUGCCGAGUCCCUGAGAAUGAUGGGAGGAGACAUGCACUCACCCUGACGGUUGGUGACUACAAGAGACGAAGAGGCCUCCUCUGAAAUGUGAGUGAUGCUAGGCCAGAGCCCAAUCCUUUGAGGUAACAAACAUAGGUUAUGCUGUCUUAAAAUGAAAUUGAAGGGUCUAAUAAUGAUAUUUGAUGGGAAGCUCCCUGUCUGGGUUUAAUAGCUUCAAGUAAUAUCACGUGUCAUCAACUUAUUACCGAAAUUGUCUUGUUUUUUAUGCCUAAAAUUGGGAUGAAGAUUGCAUGUAUCUGGUUUUGUAUUAUGGAAUUUCAGACUUGUGGCA